GGUGUGGGAGUGGCUAAAUGUUGUGGGUGUGGAUGGAAAGGGUCAGUUUCAAGAAACAAUUGUUGACUGAAACAAGCACCUCAGCCACGACAACCACAAAGGUGUCACAACUUUUAACCAGAGGAAUCAUUGAAGAAUUUUACCAAUGGGACAGUUGCUACAUUUGAUCAUAAUUACAUUAAUCUCCCUCCCGCGUUGAUUUGAAACGUCUUGGACCUCGGGAGGGGGGAAUAUAGUCCCGUGUUUCUAAAUCGUUUUUGUUUGAUUGAACUGUCUACCAACUGGAUUUAACUCUAAAGUAAUUGAAGAAAAUGAAUUCCGCACGAUUUGAAUACGAGGGGCAGAACGGGCGGCAUGAGCAGGUCACCUUCCUGGAUAACAAAGAGAAGAUGGCAUCGAAGAAGAAGACUGGAGUGAUAGUGGGAGUCCUCAUCGCUCUGCUUGUCUUGGCCGCUGUGACAGGAAUCCUCAUCUGGCUCUUUGUUAGCAGGGAGUCUGCGGCCACCAUAAGUAUGAAGCGUGUUCCAGCUCAGCGGGUGUAUAGCGGGCACAUGAAGCUGGACAAUGUGCCCUACAACCAGAAUCUGGAGGACCCCACCAGCACAGAAUUCAACAAGCUGGCAGACGACCUGGAAGAGAUUCUUAAGAUCAACUACAAACAAGUUGAGUUCCUCUCCAAGUACUACACCACAUCUGUGGUGACUGCCUUCAGUGAGGGGGUGCUGGCCUACUACUGGACCCAGUUUGACAUCCCGGCAGCGGACCUGGAGAUGCUGCCAGAGUUCUCUGAGGAGCGGGUCCUGGAGGUGCUGUGGAACGGCAUCAGGGAGCAGGGCAAACGCUCCGGCCAGAGCCUCCACAUCAGCCAAGUCACUGCCUCACGCACAGACCCCAGGAUGGCCAGGAACCCCAGAGCCGAUUUCGAGUGUUUCUUCCGGUUGGAGGCUGGCACUUUAGUUCAGAGCUUCCAGUCUCCAGGCUUUCCAGAUCAGUACCCGGCCCAGUCCCGCUGCCAGUGGCAGAUCAGAGCCCCGGAACAGAACGCCAUCUCAGUCCGCUUCGUCUACUUCCACAUAGAGGAUGACUGCUCUGAUGAUUUUGUGUCCAUCUACGACUCCCUCAGCCCGGAUGAGUCCCAGGCCAUCACUCACAAGUGUGGUCAGAGGCCUCCCAGCAAUCCCCUGGAGGUGGUGUCGUCCAGUAACAUCAUGCUCAUCAACCUUGUCACCGACAGUGCUGUCCAGAGGCCCGGCUUCAGUGCAGAGUACUCAAUCAUCCCCCUAACAACAUCCAAAAGUUGUGGAGGAGUCCUGAAUGAUGCUCAGGGGAACUUUAGCUCUCCCCAUUACCCCAGCUUCUAUCCCCCAGCCGUGGACUGCAAGUGGACCAUUGAGGUCCCUGCAGGGAAGCAGGUACGUGUGAAGUUCACCAUGUUCCGUAUGAAGGAGCCGAGAGUGGACGUCAGGGUGUGUCACAAAGACUACAUAGAGGUCAUGGGCACCAAAUACUGUGGGGAGUUGUCUUCUCUGGCCCUUACCAGUACCACCAGCUCUCUGGUUGUGAUGUUCCACUCUGAUGAGUCCUUCACAGACAAAGGCUUCCAGGCUCAGUACAACGCAUACGAUCCUUCCAACCCUUGCCCCAACCAGUUUGCCUGUGGCUCUGGGUUCUGUAUCAAGAAGGAGCUGCAUUGUGAUGGCUGGAACGACUGUGGGGACAUGAGUGAUGAAAUGAACUGCAAAUGUGAAAAGGACCAGUUUGCCUGUGACAACGGGAUAUGCAAGCCCAAGUACUGGGUGUGCGACCGUGUCAACGACUGCGGUGACGAGAGUGAUGAGAAGCACUGCAGCUGUGCUAAGAAUGAGUGGAGGUGUGGUGACGGGACCUGUUUGCCUCAGGAUGUGGUGUGUGACACUAAGACGGACUGUGUGGACGGGAGUGACGAGGCUUCCUGUACCGUCUCUCCUGGCACCUGCUCUGACUUCAGCUUUAAGUGUAAGAACGAGGCGUGUGUGAACAAGGUGAACGCUGAGUGUGACCGGGUCAAAGACUGCACCGACGAAUCAGAUGAGGAGGGCUGCGACUGUGGCGUCCGGCCAUAUAAGCUUAACCGUAUUGUGGGCGGGGAGAAUGCGCAGCUGGGGGAGUGGCCCUGGCAGGUGAGCCUGCACUUCCAGACCCGUGGGCAUGUGUGUGGCGCGUCAAUCAUCUCCAACCGCUGGCUCCUGUCUGCCGCCCACUGCUUCAAGACCAUCAGCCCUGAAAACCACGUGGCCUCCAACUGGCAGACGUACAGUGGCAUGCAGGACCAGUAUAAGCAGGAUACUGUUCAGAGAAGCUCGGUGAAGACCAUUAUCACCCACCCAGACUACAACCAGAUGACCUAUGACUACGACAUCGCCCUGCUGGAGCUGAGCCAGCCGCUGGAGUUCACCAACACCAUCCACCCCAUCUGCCUACCCGCACGCUCCCACCUCUUCCCUGCUGGCAUGUCCUGUUGGGUUACAGGCUGGGGCACGCUCCGUGAAGGAGGUUCCAUAGCACGGCUGCUGCAGAAGGCGGAGGUGAAGAUCAUUAAUGACACUGUGUGUAACGUGGUCACCGAGGGUCAGGUCACAUCCAGGAUGCUCUGCUCCGGCUUCCUGUCCGGAGGAGUCGACGCCUGUCAGGGAGACUCGGGGGGUCCCCUGGUGUGCUUCGAGGAAAGUGGAAUGUGGUUCCAGGCAGGCAUUGUGAGCUGGGGCGAGGGCUGCGCUCGUCGGAACAAGCCCGGCGUCUACUCGCGCGUCACCAAGCUGAGAGAUUGGAUCCGCAAGAACACGGGGGUUUGAUGAUGAGGGGAUAUGGGGAAGGGGGGGGGGGGAGACAGCGGGUAGACAGUUUGAGGGUCUGACAGGACAAGACAAAAAAUAAGGAGUAUGGAACAUUGCGUCUGAUUGAGGACGAGUCCCCCCAUGAUGACCAGAGCUAUCCAUCCAUCUAGCCAGCCUCAACCAGCCUCCGACACCCACUGAGUGCCUGCAUGGGGCUAGCUACUGCUCAGACAAAGGAUUUCAAAUGGGUUUGGGAUUAGGUUUUUAUGCUGUACUGAUGUAACCCUUGUUCUCGAAGGCUCAGAGGACCAGCAAGACUCCUGCACCUCCAUCAAUCAUGUCAUGUUCCACUGGUUUGAUUAAUAUUCUCCCAGUGUAAAUAAUGGAAUAUGUAUAUUUUGAGGACACACUUUGUUUUUGGUGGUAUUUGCAUAGUCUCCACCAUUGUUAUGAUGUGAGAUCACAUCUUCUGUUGGGCAGACAGACAUGCCAAAUGAACUGAGGGAAUCAGAAAUAGAACAGAAAUAGAAUAGAUAUAAAAUAAAUAUUUUAGAGUAUAGUUUUUUUACAAUGUAUUUCUUUACCAGCUGUUUUCACCUGACAAAUUUCACUUAAAGUGCCUUGACAAGAACAUGUUUUAUAAGUGAGUGUGAUAUUAUUAAUGCAGAGAUGCAUGGAAUCUUGAGUUCUAACAAAGAUUGUCUAUUGCAGUGCCUUCAGAAUCAAUUCAUACCCUUUGAUUUAUUCCAAAUUUUGUUACAGCCUGAAUAAAAAAUGGAUUAAAUAUAAACACAAACACCCAUCUACACACAAUACCCCAUAAGGACAAAGUGAAAACCUAUUUUUAGAAUUUGAAUACAUAAUUUACAUAUGGAUUCACACCCCUGAGUAAAUUCAUGUUAUAAUUACCUUCGGCAGAGGUUAUAGCUGCGAGUCUUUCUUGGUAAGUUCCUAUGAGUUUUCCAUACCUGGAUUGUACAAUAUUUGCACAUGAUUCUUUUCAAUAUUCUUCAAGCUCUGUCAAGUUGGUUGUUGAUCAUUACUAGACAACCAUUUUCAAGUCUUGCCAUAGGUUUUCAAGCAGAUUUUAAUUUGAAACUGUCACUAAGCCACUUAGGAAUACUCAAUGUCGUCUUGGUAAGCAACUCCAGUGUAUAUUUGGCCUUGUGUUCUAGGUUUUUGUCCUGCUGAAAGGUGAAUUUGUCUUCCAGUGUCUGUUGUAAAGCAGGUUUUCCUCUAGGAUUUUGACUGUGCUUAGCUCUAUUCAAUUUUGUUCCCCCCCCCCCCCCCAGAAAAACUCCCAAGCCCUAGCCAAUGACGAGUGUAACCGAUGUGAAAUGGCUAGCUUGUUAGCAGGGUGCUCACUAAUAGUGUUUCAAUCGGUGACGUCACUCGCUCUGAGAACUUGAAGUAGUUGUUCCACUUGCUCUGCAAGGGCCACGGCUUUUGUGGAGCGAUGGGUAACAAUGCUUCGAGGGUGGCUGUUGUCGAUGUGUGCAGAGGGUCCCUGGUUCGAGCCCAGGUAGGGGCGAGGAGAGGGACGGAAGCUAAACUGUUACAUUGGUGCCGUGAUCCGGAUCACUGGUUGCUGCUGAAAAGGAGGAGGUCAAAAGGGGGGUGAGUGUAACUGAUGUGAAAUGGCUAGCUAGGUAGCGGGGUGCGCGCUAAUAGUGUUUCAAUCGGUGACGUCACUCUCUCUGAGACCUAGAAGUAGUUCCCCUUGCUCUGCAAGGGCUGCGGCUUUUGUGGAGCGAUGGGUAAUGAUGCUUCGUGGGUGGCUGUUGUCGAUGUGUGCAGAGGGUCCCUGGUUCAAGCCCAGGUAGGGGCGAGGAGAGGGAUGGAAGCUAAACUGAUACACAAGCAUACCCAUAACAUGAUGCAGUCACCACGAUGCUUGAAAAUAUGAAGUGUUACCAGGUGUUGGAUUUGUCCCAAACAUAACUCUUUGUAUUCAGGAUAUACAUUUCAUUUCUUUGGCAUUUUUUUGCACUUUUACUUUAGUGCCUUAUUGCAAACAGGAUGCAUUUUCCAAUAUUUGUAUUCUGUACAGGCUUUCUUCUUUUCAGUCUGUCAUUUAGGUUAGUAGUGUGGACUAACUACAAUGUUGGUGAUCCAUCCUCAGUUUUCUCCUAUCACAGCCAUCACUCCUAUCACUCUAAAUGUUUUAAAGUCACCAUUGGCCUCAUGGUGAAAUUCCUGAGCUGUUUCCUUCCUCUCUGGCAACUGAGUUAGGAAGGACGCCUGUAUCUUUGUAGUGACUGGGGGUAUUGAUACACCAUCCAAAGUGUAAUUAAUAACAUCACCAUGCUCAAGGGGAUAUUCAAUGUCUGCUUUUUAAAAAUAUUUUUAUUGCACACAGAGUGAAAAAUAAUGUAAUGGGAAAUGAUGACUGCGAUCUGCUUGAUCUAUUACCUCGUGCAUAAGUUGAAUGCAGAUAUUUAUUUAAAAAGUACACAUUUUCAAAAACAACUGUAUGGAAAAUCAUACCGAGCGUAUUUCUAAAUACCCCGGGAUAAGAGUGUACUGCUCAACCCUAGCUGUCUAAAUUUUAAAGUAGUCAAUUUUCUUCUUCAUUGGCUGAUUGCUACCAACUCUAGAAUCCCCACCCAGUGGAAGCCCUCAAUAUGAUAAACGGGUUAUAUCUAUGAUGAGUCCUCUGUGACAACAGACACAACUCCGAUAUAAAGUGGUUUUGGGGUAAAUUGCAGAAAGGCCACAUGCUUCCACUUAUAUCAGUGCAUUCGUAAUAAUCUAACCAAUACAAAACUUCUAUUUGAUCAAAUAAGCGUCACGUAGCAAAUUAGCAAUACAUGUUUGUUGACCAAUUUCGACACAUCAUGGACAGAUUUUGACCAGAGUAAAACCUCGCUUCACCUCUUCCCCCCUGAGGGUCAAUGGUCACAGUGCAAUUCGGAGGUUCCUAUCAAUUUCUAUAGAUGCUGCAGCCAUUUCCCUCACAUUAGUAUUCUAGGAGAACCCCAUAUACAGGCUAGCUAAAAUGGUCUCCAUUUGCCAGUUGAGCUGAGGGUGAUUCGGGUCUUCACUCCCCUACGCACGGCAGCUCAAGAAAAUCAAUUGGGUUUAGCUGUUUGCACGGAGCAACACAAUGAGUUCUCACCCCUCUCAAACAGUGGACUUUUUAUUGGACAAUCCUGGUCCUGCUUUUAACUGUUCAGAUUCUUCAUUGGUUUUCUUUCACUCUAUUUUGGCUUGUGUUUGUACAUUUACUGUGACUUCAAAACCUAAAGCUCUCCGUUGUUUGUAUAUGUUGAAGUGCUGAAAAUGUUUUAAUUGUUAAAGGUUGACGAUAAUGUUGGGCAAUUUUUUUUCUAUGGUCCCUAACAUUGGCACAAUGCUGGGUAAUAUGGAGUGUGUAAAGAUAUAGGUUUCAGAACAUGGGUUGAAGGGGCCAAAAGCGACUCUUUAAAUAAUAAAUGUGAGCUGUUACUGUGUGUAGUUACUGUGUGUAGUUAAAUAAAGGUAACAUUUAUAUCGGAUUGUGGACACAUUCCUUUUCUACUGUUCAAUUUUUUUUGUAUGCCUCAUUUUUAUAUAAAAUUUAUGAAUCCUACACAAUAAACAUACUUUACCUGAA